GAAAAAUUUUGAGUAGAAUUCAUUUCUUGAAAUCAAUUGCUGAAGUUAAAAAAAAACAUACAUGUACACUUUUUUUUGUUGAACAAUAAGGAAUAAUUAGGCGUCAACAGAAUUUAUAUGGUAUUAAUCAGUUAUGGUUGUUGCAAGACAACAUAUAAUACCUUUUGGAAUAUAUAUUUCUAAGAAAUUGAGACUAGUCAUAAUAUUUAUUUUAUUAAUCUUUCAAAUAUCAUCAAUUAUUCUGUAUUAUAAUUACAUAACUGAUAAUUCAUUACAAGCGGGAUUUUUGAAUGAUAAAUCUGUUGUAUUCCAUCACAUGAACAUGUUAAACAAAUGUACAAAAUCAGAGCAAAUAUGGCUUCAAUGUGUUAAUCAAUUGAAUAAUUUAAACAUAAUAAGUUAUAAAAGAUUAUCUGGAUUCGAUUCAUCAGUUCGCUUGUUUUAUACACCGUUAAAUGAUAUACUUUUGGAUAUACAGUUUCCAUUUAAAAUCAAUAAUAAACACCGUAUAAAUGGCACAUUGAAUGAACAUUAUGUUUUGUCUAAUACUAGUACUGUAAUUCAAAUGCCUAAUAACAAUUCGUCGGUAAAAACACAAAUCAAAAAAGUACAUCACCCAAAGUAUUUUGAUGUGAAUAAGGCAUUGCAUGCAAUUGAAGAUGGAUUACCUAAUAACUCAAUGCCGAUCAAUGGAGGACCAAUUUUUGUUGUACAACUACCAAUGAAUGUUUGCAAUCCCAACAAACCACCAGAGAAUCUAGAACUUAUUGUUAUAGUGAAAUCGUGUGCCUAUUGUUUUGACAAUCGAUGGUAUGCACGAAAUACCUAUAUGAAAUCACACUUAUGGAUGAAUUUCCGAAUUCGAUUCGUUUUCGUUGUUGGACUUCCCAUGCCAAAUGAAACGGAUAUAUUUCAUUUCGAUGGAUUCGAUGUAGAUCUUCAGCGGAAUGCUUCGGAAUUAUCAAGUCUUUACAACAGUUCACGAUGGAUUGCUGCUAAAAAUCUAUAUGAUGAGAGUCGACAAUUUAAUGACAUGUUGGUUGGAUCAUUUUACGAUACGUAUUUCAAUUUAACAUCAAAGAUGAUUUUAUCAUUCCGAUGGGCAGCUACAUUCUGUAAAAAACAAACACCAUUAUGGUUAUUCCUCGAUGAUGAUUUUGUAUUACUGCCUGUAAAAACUAUUCAUUUUAUCAGGAGUUUGAAUUAUUCAGGUUCGAAGUCGAUUGCUAUAGGUAUGGUGCAUCGUACUAGAGUGGUGGUACGACCGUCAAGAGGGAAAUCUCACUUAAAAUGGGCGGUUUCAGUGAAAGAAUACCCAUGGGAUUAUUAUCCACCUUAUUUUUACGGUACUGGUUAUUUGCUGAGUUCAGAUGUUGUCAGUGAUGCAUCUUUGGCUAUGGCUUUCACACAGAACAUUCGCAUAGAUGAUUCCUUUUUAGGAAUUGUAUUGGGUCGGUUAAAUAAAACACUGAUUGACAUGAAAGAAUUUGAUAUCGAGGCAUCAGAUGAGGAAAUGGAAUCUUCUGUAAUUAUCAUUGAUAUGGAUAGUGCAGAAGAAAUUGUUGAUUGGGUGAAAGGGGAAAUUAGGAACAGCUACUAAUCAAUCAUGUUUUAUGAGCAGCAGAUGAUCGAAAAAAAAUACAGUUCGAUUUUUAUAUCAUGUUAGACGUAUGAUACUUUCAAAUUGUUGGAGACUUCAUCCAUUUCAGCUAAUACACCAUAUUAUCUGUAGUAAUCGUGCAUCAAACAAACAAAGAGCUUAUCAAAUAUUGUUGUGAUAUCAAUACAACUCCCUUAUUUUGUAAAUUGAUGUUUUCUU